AUGGGAGACAAGAAGCGCAAGGCCACGGCCGUGUCAAAUGACAUUCCGGAGAAGAAGAGCAAAAAGUCCAAAGUUGCCAACGAUGGAGAUGUCUCAAAGACAGAGGUGACAAAGAAGGUCAAGAAGUCGGAGAAAAAGUCAAAGGACACCGUUGUAUCUGUCGACCAAGCUGUCGGCGCUCCUGCUUCAAAGAAAUCCCGCAAGCAGGCCGCAGAUUUCAUGAGUGAAGAUGAACAAACUCCAGCCGCUCAGCCUGAAGAAUCUGCACCCAACACAUCUGCCAACGACAAGGCUGCCAACGAGUCGUCAGUCCCUAGUCCCAAGAAGUCCAAGAAGUCCAAGAAGAGCAAGAAAGGACAAACCGAGGAUCUUUUGUCUGCAGAUGGUGUUAAUGGAGUUGUUGAACACGCAGGACAUGAAGAGCUCGAGACCGCUACAUCCCAUAAACCCACUUCUUCGUCAAUGCAAGCCGAGGCCGAGCGAACAUUGGACCAUGAAAUGGAAGACGACUUUGGUGUGGGCUCUGAUGGAGAACAAGCCGAAACUCCGGUGGAGGAAAUCGAGGCCGAUGACAACGCAUCCGCCCUUCUUGCUGGUUUCGACAGUGACGGCGAGGAUGAAGAUGAGGACACGGAUCUCGACACUUCCUCUAACCUCAAGUUGAGUAAGAAGAAGAGUAAAGAGGUUCAGAAGAAAUUGGCACAAGCACAAAAGUCAGGCAACAAAGAGGGCCCUGGCACUGUCUAUGUUGGUCGCAUCCCGCACGGCUUCUACGAGAAAGAAAUGCGCGAGUACUUUUCCCAAUUUGGUGAUAUUACUAAGCUGAGACUAUCGAGAAACAAGCACACUGGUGCGUCGAAACACUUUGCUUUCAUCGAAUUUUCUUCGACAGAAGUCGCCAAGAUUGUCGCAGAGACCAUGGAUAACUAUCUCCUGUUUGGCCACAUUCUCAAGUGCAAGUAUGCUCUGCCCGACUCCCUACAUCCAGAUACGUGGAAAGGUGCCGAUAAGAAAUUCAGAAAGAUCCCUCACGAGAAACUCGAACGUGAGAGACUUGCUGCACCAAAGACUGAGCAGCAAUGGGACAAGAAAGCUGAGAGAGAGCAGAAGAAGCGCAACAAGAAAGCACGGCAACUUGAAGCCCUUGGUAUCGAAUUGCCUGCAUCCAAGUUGACUAACGCAUCUGAGGCUCUAAAGCAGCAACAAUUGGAGAAAGCCGAGAAAGCAAGUCUCGCUCAGAUUGAAGAUGCCAAAGAAGCCGAAGCUGGUCCUACCGGAGCUAUCAAGGCUGUGAAUGGUGUGCCAAAAGACGAAGUUGCAAUCAAGGAGACAAAGGAAGCGGAGGCCACAGACGAGUCAGAGAAGAAGAAAUCUAAGACCAAGGGGAGUAAAAAGACCAAGGCCACUGUCCCAGAAGCAACUGCUGAGGCUUCAACCGCAGUGACCGAAGAGAAGGCCGCUGAACCUGAACCAGCCGGAGAACUAGAGAAGCAGAAGUCCAAGUCAAAGAAGAGCAAGAAGACGAAGGCAACUAUUCCUGAAGCAGUUAUUGAAACUUCAACCGGCAUCACUGAAGAGAAGGCUGCCGAACCCGAACCUGCCAUUGCUGAAGCUGCUGAAGAACCAGAGAACAAGAAAUCCAAGUCGAAGAAGAGCAAGAAAAUCAAGACAGCCCCUGACGCAGGGGCCGAGAUUUCGGAGAAAGCUGCUGACGAUCAGGCUGCUAAAGAACAACUCGCAGCUGAACUCGAAAGCAGCGAGAAUGCCGGCAUCAACCCCGCAGAUGAUUUCAUCCCUCUCGCAUCCGAAGAAGACAAUGAAGCCUCCAACAGCACUAAUGCCAAAGCCGCAGCCGCACUUUCCAAGGCCAAGGCCAAAGCCACCCGUCAAGCAAAGAAAAAAGUAGAGAAGGCCGAGAAGAAGGCAAAGAAAGACCACAAGCAGGCCAAGGCCGGUAGCGGUGGAUUCGUGCGAGGAGCGGCUCCAGUGACGAGAGCGAGUUCGGGCGGUGCUUAG